AUUUAUCUUAAUUAUACUUUUAAAUAUGAUUUAAAAAGAUUAGAAACGUGAAUAAGUGAAUCAUCAUUACAUGGGAGAAACAUCGCUAAAUUAAGAAAAAAAAAUCCGCAAUUAUGAAACAAGUUGCGGCCAUAUUUACGUUAUUUCUGAUACAUGGUGUUUUAAGUCUUGUUAGAGAUGGUGAAUGGUGUGUAGACAAGACAAGAGCUUUAGGACAAUGUUUACAACCACAAUAUUGUCAAUCCGCGAACAAAGCUUUCUUAGAUCGUGGUGUAAGACCAACAUUUUGCGAAUAUACAAAUAAAAGAAUUCUAAUAUGUUGUGUAGAGGAAGAAGUACAAGUCAAUACAUUGGGCAUACCUAGCGAGCAACCAGUGUGGUCAGAAAGCAACAAUAACAACGGCAACAACAAAUUUCGAGCAUUAGAAAGAAUAAGUGAAAGAAAAUGCAAAGAAUACAGCAAGAAUGUGAAAGAAUAUUUUGCUAAAUACAUCUUCGGUGGAACUAACGCAAGUCCGCAAGAUUUUCCACACAUGGGUGCAAUAGGUUGGUUAGACUUACAGGGGGAGUACAACUUUGGUUGUGGGGGAAGUCUAAUCAGUCCUCGCUUUGUGUUAACCGCGGGUCACUGCAUCAGUAAGGCCAGAGCCGCAAAUCCUCUGCCAGUUAUUGUACGUUUGGGUAAUGUCAACUUGAAUCCUGAUUCAAAGAAUGGAUAUCCUAUUAUUGAUGUGAAAAUAAAAACAAUACACAAACAUCCAGAUUAUCAUCCGCCAUUACGCUAUAAUGAUAUCGCAUUACUAGAGCUAGCAGAGGAUAUGAAUAUUACUAAUGAUGUACGCCCAGCGUGUCUCUGGACGAAGCCUGGCUUCGAAAAUUAUACCAAAGUUAUUGCCACUGGAUGGGGAGUCACUGAAAACACAACACUACCGACUAACGAACUCCAAAUGGUGACUCUAUCUCUGUACAGUAAUGAACAAUGCGAUCUUAUAACGCCUAGGCACCGACAUUGGGAUGGCUUUGUCCCGACACAAAUGUGCGCGGGUGAACUUACUGGAGGAAAAGAUACUUGUCAGGGUGACUCAGGCGCACCUCUCCAAGUAACACCACAGCCGAGAUUCAAGGUUCAUUACAUAAUGGGAGUGACGUCAUUUGGUGGUCGAUGUGCGCAAAAAGGACAGCCAGCUAUAUACACGAGAGUAUCUAGUUAUAUAGACUGGAUUGAGAGUGUCGUUUGGCCUGAUGAAUAACACACCGAUGUUUCAGUAUAUUAAAGAAAGAGCAUAUAAACAAUGCUGUUAA